AUGUGCACGACCUCCCCGGGUACAGGCGUAUCAAAUAAUAUGAAUACCCGAUGGGUCGGGUCAUCGAUCGAUACCCCAACCACAGACAGCAGUGGGCUACCUCCAAUCAGCAGGCAGAGGCACUACGGAGCUGUUGAGCUGGGGGACACCGGCGAGCAAGUCAACGUCAAUGACGUCGUGGAGAUCGCCGAUGCCGUCAAAAUCGAGAGUGGUAGCGGAGGUUCACCGUCACAACCGCGCCUAGCUCAGGUGCUCUCUAUGUGGGAAGACACCUUUACGGGCCUAUUCAAGUUCCACGCGCGCUGGCUGGUGCACUCGUCUGAUCUCCCUGAAGAUGCCUUCGCCCGGCUCCAGGCGGCUCGUCGUGCCUUCGCAGGUGAAGAGGAACCCGGCAGCGUUAACGAGUCGCUCGAGGAAACGGAGAUGAAAAACGAGGUAUUCCUCACCACGAAAAGGGAGGAUCUCGACGUCCGUGCAAUCGCCAAGCCCAUCACGCUGUCAGUGGCGACCACAGUUGCCGAACGCGCCACCGAGCCGAAACGAAACAUGGGGCCACGCCUUACCCACGCCUUCGAUGCUUCGUCGGGCGACUUCAUCCCCGUGGAGCCCACUGAUGCCAUUGUCAAGCGUGCGAGAGCCAGGCACGCGGAAAUUGCCACGCGCGCGUCAAGGCUGGUCGAAGGAACCGCUGCCGUCAGGAGCGGCAAGUCCGUGACGCAGAGCAGCAACGGUUGGUUGCUGCCGAACCGAAAAACAAGAGUGUCAACAAGGACGGUUUCUGAUGCCGGGACUAGCAGGACCGGCGGCAAUGUUGCUGCUGCCGCUGCUACAUCUGUGCGCGACACCGAAUCGGAACAAGAGUGGAGCGAGAGUGGCAGUGACAGCGGUCCCGACCACUCUGCCAAGUCUGACGACAUGGAGUGGAAACAAGGGGACGAAGAAAGCGGUGGCGACGACGACGUCGACGACAGCGACUCAACAGGCAAGGACCAACAACCCUUCGACGCGCCGCCCCGAAAAUCGGCUCGACGUAAGAAGCGGCUCCUGGCGAAUGAUGACGACGACGGGAAGGGUGUCAACAGACGCACUUCCGCUUCUUCUCCCUGCCCUGUUUCUGGUACGCCGCCUACCCAAAACCCGCCUCUGUUGCCUGGCAGCACAACUCAUGCGAAGCGACCGCGUCGCCUGGCCAUGCCUCCCGUCGAAGGCAAUCCUUCGUUGUCGGCUCGCCUGGAUUCAGAAAAGACCGAUCAAUACCUACCUCCCACUGCUACCGACUCCGGGGUCACCGGCAAGGACCGCUGUCCCAAUCGCGUGCGCACCGCGUCCGCGGGAGCGGCAGAAGGGACUCCUCCCGGGGCGACGCCAUCGCCGCCGGGUUGGGAGGAAGGCCCCGCCUCAUCAGUAAAGCGCCGACUGUCAAUUGCGGGGAAGAGAAAGAGGGGCCGACCGGCUAAGACCGCCGUGGAGGAAUCCGACUUCCCUCCCCGACGUACUCUUGUCGGCAACGGCUACCAGGCUGAUAUUCCGGACUUGCUACCGGCGGAGGAAAGGAAGGCCGCUGCGCCUACGUCCGCGGGAACCGGCGCCAAGAUGGUCUGGCGAAGCAUUCGUGACUGGGAUCCACACUCCCGCGGAAUGCUGUCCUCGUACCUCGAGGCAGCGAAGAAGGCGGUCCAGGCGAAGCAGUCUCGCCCAGGCGUGGUCGUUCACGUGCGCCUCGGCGGCAAGGGUGACAAGGGCGGGACCCCGGGAGAUGAGUCCAGCGUUGCCAGCAGCUACGCUGUCUGGGCGGUCACCGCCGGCCGCGACGCGGGCAGCAACGCCCGCGGCGUUGCGCGAGUCGGCUGCUCGGAAAUGGCCCAGACGGAGGUCCCCAUAUCUGCCAUUCAACGGGUGCAGUGUGAGGAAGAGGCCCUGGCUGCCUUGGUUAAGGCCAGGUGCACCCUGGACGACUUCGACCCGGCCCUAAAAAUUCUCGUAGGCGACGAGGCAUCGCCGGAGAGCAUUCAACCUUGGACCCUCCAACAGGUGAGAACCCUGGAGCAAGCCCUCGCAAAGGAUUGUAACCGAGACAGGCGUCUGCACGGGUGGGCUCGAGAGGGGAUGGACAUAGACCGCGAGGAUCUCAUCGACCUUGCCGACGUCAUCAAGCAGAUCCCUGGCAAGAGCCCGACGCAGGUGCUUUGUUUCUUCUACAGAUACCUUGCGACGGCGGAGCCCCUCACGGACGUUGUCUACGGGGAGGAGGCGGCUGAAGCACGAAAACGCGAAGCCAUCCUCCCUACUGACAGCCCUGGGCGAGAGUCGAACAUCUCAACAUUCAGGCUGGCCGCCAAGCACAUGAGCUCGGCCACCCCUGCCAGCGACAGCGUAGGCGCCGCGACAUACGAUCCCCCGGCCGACCGCAAGUCAAGCACUCCUGCAGUCCCUCUGCUUCCUGCCUCUGAAGCCAAGGGCUCCUUAAGGGAGCGGGAAGAUGUGAGGCCACCGAAGCACACGGUUUCUCCCCCGAUGCGUAGCACCGUGUCUCCUGCCGUGGACCACGCCCCGCGCAGCCACGGUCCUGCCGGUGCCAACCGGAACGUUGGUGGUGAAUACGAGCGUCAGCGGGCAGCCAGGGAGCAAAUGUGGCGGACGCCGAGGGAUAUGCCCCCGGGCGUCGAGGUGCUAGAGGUGGAGGACAGCGAUGACGGAGCAGAGAUUGCUAGAAGGGCCCCGAGGGGAUCGGCGUUCCACGCCGCUGGCUCCGCGGCACAAGUGGCAACAGCGCGUGGACACCACCCCAGCACCGGGGAGGGAGGAUGGCACCCAGCUGGCCAUGCGCCGGAGAUAUCGUGGGGCCCCAGGCCGAUACGCCCCCGUCCGGUCCCACCAGUAAUGUCGGACGCAGCGGCGGCAGCAGACCAACGGCGCUACCUUCCGACGGCAGCUCGACCGGUCCCCCCGAACUGGCACGGCCGCCGCACAAACGUCGCCAUGCCGAGGCAUGCGGGCCAGCAGCCACCGCGGCUGCAGCAACAGCAGCAGCAGCAGCAACAGCAACAGCAGCAGCAACAGCAACAGCACCCCUACCAUAUCCGCCGCGAGGUUGGUGAUGGCCGUAUGGGCAGAUACUCGGCCGCGUACGAAGACCGGCGCGAAGAAUUAUUGGAGCAAGACGUGUUCGGUUUCAUGGGUCCGUGCUGGAGUCUGCUGGAGAAGGCACAAGCGUACUUGGACCAGGACCAGCUUGUGUAUAUGAGAGGCCUCAUCCUCAGGCACGUCCAAAAGCCCAUGACUCGCGCCCAGCUACUGGAGAGAGCCGAGAGCUGCCUAGCGGAACAGCCGCAGGUUUUCGCCGCCUUCGUCAAGACGUUCGACCGCGUCGAUCUCAUCCACGCCGAAGCUCCACCGGUGCCCUUUUACCCAGCCAUGAAAACAGCCCGUGACGAUCCGCCCGAGUCGGUGUCGUACAGGGGGAGGAUCCACUCCCACGCGGACGACGGCGGGGCACGGCCACCUUUCCCCUAUUCCCGAGUACCUGCUGCGGUUCCUCGCGAAUACCCGGUGCCCCCCGGUGCCACGGCCGCGAGGGCACGGCCCAACGAUACCUACCGUCGCGUUGCCGCGGCGGCGGCGGGGGUGGAUGCCCGCCGUGAGCGGCAGCCGUUGCCGCAGUACGCGGUUGCGUGGGGCAAGGGUGUCGGCAGGGGGUACCAGAACGAUGAAGCUGUCCUCCCGCCUCAUCGGCUGGCCGGCUCCACAUACCGCCAUCCCUCUCCUCCCCGUGGUCCAGCCUCUGCGGCAGGGCCCGGGAUGAUGUAUCGAGAGGAUGGGCGAGAUCGGGAAGCGAGAAUAGUGAGGAGCUGGCCACAACAACGGCAGCAGCAGAGGUCGUGUGAGUGGCGGACGGAUGGCCCUUGUUCGCCGUCAGCACCUCCUGUGCCACUCGAGGCGCAUGCGUCUGGGCGGAGGGUGUCGGAAUGGCGACACGGUAGGGCAGGUGGCUGGGGCUAAAAUAUGAAGCAGCGAAGCAAAUGCCUGGCGCCGUUUCACUUAACCCCAAUUUUCGUUAUUAUGGUGUCUCCAAGCGAAAGCCUGUUUUCUUCCAUCUGUUAAGGUUCUGCGCGUCGUCCUUCUUUGUUUAUUGAUGAUGAUCGACCACGUUGUCGUGUUUUCAUUAUUUGAGUGCAUAAAAAUUGCCAUUUCCUCUGUUUUUUACGACAUCCUGCGUAUAAUAGCGUGCUUCUUUUACGUCUGCUACCGAAGUACGCGUGGAAGUGGGAGCGUUAGCUUGUUAGUGCGUGCGUGUGUUGUUAUCGUACGUACAGGGUAUGCGUGCUGAUGAUAUUCAUCUUCGUGCGCACGUCCAGCGUGCGGUCGAUUGAACUUUCUUCUAAGCUAAUGGGUCCGUGUAAUUGAGCAACCGACCUGGGUGGCCCUUGACGUCAGAUUUGUGUUUUGUGUUUUGUGUUACUUUAAUGUGCAUCGACCGCGCUAACCGCCUGACCAAUGAAAAAACGUCAGGCUCAGUGCGGUUGACAACACAAAAUACUUCUAAAGGCUACAUCAUCCGGGACCUCGUGAGAAGGGCGUAACGGGGGAGGCUAAACUUCUCUCCGGAUUGAAGACGGAGACGGUAUCAACAGAAGGACAUUGCCCACGUGUCUACCAAGCCUGCUACUCCGCGUGUUUGUGUGUGUGUGAACCCUACUGCACGUUAAAGAAAAAUAAUUUUGUAGUGACAGCCAAAUGAGAUGCAAGACGUA